CCCCCACCACCCCGCACACCCCCAGCUCUCUGGGCAUCCAGAUGUCCACCAUCCCUGACGUCUGAAAGUGCGGCCAUCGUGGUUCCCCAUCUGGAGUGCGAGCGGCUCUCAGAUAAGUUAACACAAUGGAUUUCUCCAAGUUACCCAAAAUACUUGAUGAAGAUAAAGAAAGCACAUUUGGUUAUGUGCAUGGAGUCUCAGGACCUGUGGUUACGGCCUGUGACAUGUCAGGCGCAGCCAUGUAUGAGCUGGUGAGAGUGGGUCACAGUGAGCUGGUUGGAGAGAUUAUUCGACUGGAAGGCGACAUGGCUACUAUUCAGGUGUAUGAGGAAACUUCUGGUGUGUCUGUUGGAGACCCUGUACUCCGAACUGGUAAACCCCUUUCAGUAGAGCUUGGUCCUGGCAUUAUGGGAGCCAUUUUUGAUGGUAUUCAGAGACCUUUGUCGGAUAUCAGCAGUCAGACCCAAAGCAUCUACAUCCCCAGAGGAGUAAAUGUGUCUGCUCUUAGCAGAGAUAUCAAGUGGGAUUUCACACCUUGCAAAAACCUACGGGUUGGUAGUCAUAUCACUGGUGGCGAUAUUUAUGGAAUUGUCAAUGAGAACUCACUCAUCAAACACAAAAUCAUGUUACCCCCGAGAAAUAGAGGGACGGUUACUUACAUCGCUCCUCCUGGGAAUUAUGAUGCCUCUGAUGUCGUCCUUGAGCUUGAAUUUGAAGGCGUGAAGGAGAAGUUCAGCAUGGUCCAAGUAUGGCCCGUGCGUCAGGUCCGACCUGUCACCGAGAAGCUACCAGCCAAUCACCCUUUGCUCACUGGCCAGAGAGUUCUCGAUGCUCUUUUUCCGUGCGUGCAGGGAGGAACGACUGCAAUUCCUGGAGCUUUUGGCUGUGGGAAGACGGUGAUAUCACAGUCUCUAUCCAAGUAUUCCAACAGUGAUGUAAUCAUCUAUGUAGGUUGUGGUGAAAGAGGAAAUGAGAUGUCUGAAGUUCUCCGAGAUUUCCCCGAGCUCACUAUGGAAGUUGAUGGUAAGGUAGAAUCCAUCAUGAAGAGAACAGCCUUGGUCGCCAACACCUCCAACAUGCCUGUAGCUGCAAGAGAAGCCUCUAUCUACACUGGAAUUACGCUGUCGGAAUACUUCCGUGACAUGGGCUACCACGUCAGCAUGAUGGCAGACUCUACCUCGAGAUGGGCUGAGGCCCUCAGGGAGAUCUCUGGUCGCCUGGCAGAAAUGCCUGCAGAUAGCGGCUAUCCCGCAUAUCUUGGUGCCCGCCUGGCCUCAUUUUAUGAGCGAGCAGGCAGAGUAAAAUGUCUUGGAAAUCCCGAAAGAGAAGGGAGUGUCAGCAUUGUGGGAGCAGUUUCUCCACCUGGUGGUGAUUUUUCUGACCCAGUUACAUCUGCUACUUUGGGUAUUGUCCAGGUGUUCUGGGGCUUAGAUAAGAAGCUAGCUCAGCGUAAGCACUUCCCCUCUGUCAACUGGCUCAUCAGCUACAGCAAGUACAUGCGCGCCCUGGACGAAUACUAUGACAAACACUUCACGGAGUUCGUUCCCCUGAGGACCAAAGCCAAGGAGAUUCUGCAGGAGGAAGAGGACCUGGCAGAAAUUGUGCAGCUUGUGGGAAAGGCUUCUUUGGCAGAAACAGAUAAAAUUACUCUGGAAGUAGCAAAACUUAUCAAAGAUGACUUCCUACAACAAAAUGGAUACACUCCUUAUGACAGGUUCUGCCCAUUCUACAAGACGGUGGGAAUGCUGUCCAACAUGAUUGCAUUUUACGACAUGGCCCGCAGAGCUGUUGAAACCACCGCCCAGAGCGACAACAAGAUCACGUGGUCGAUGAUCCGCGAGCACAUGGGGGAGAUCCUCUAUAAACUGUCCUCCAUGAAAUUUAAGGAUCCAGUGAAAGACGGUGAGGCGAAGAUCAAGGCCGACUACGCACAACUUCUUGAAGACAUGCAGAAUGCAUUCCGUAGCCUCGAGGACUAGAACUGUGACUUCAUUUCUGUCCUCUCCCUCAGCAAGCCCACGUGUAUUUUUUCCUAAGUUUCUCAUCUCAAACCCCUUGGCUUUUUUUAUUGUGCAGCUUUGAGACUAGUGCCUGUGUGUGUUGUCGUUUGUUUUGCUGUCGAUGUGGGUAGGUCUUAUGUGCAACACACAUUCCUUUGCUCCAGGGUCGAGGGGCUCUCCAACCUUUACCUGAAGUGGUGACUGUAGUAAGCACACAGUGGCUACCCCACCGUCAACCUGUACGCGAGGUGACAACCCCUUGUCCUAGGUUCGCCCUCUCCUCGUGCCCAGGAGCUCGUAAGCGGGGCUGCUGCGCGCACUCUCUCUGCGUGGACUCAGAAUGGAAGGCCAGAUUGCUGUGUUUAUUGGCGGAUGCUGUGGGAAAUGGCUCAGUCUGUGUGUGCUGAGGUCACUUGCAGCUUAGGGUUUUGUGAACUCUCUGCUUUGCAGGAAAAACUUUUUAAAAACAUGAAUGAUUAAUGUUCUGAUUAUGCAUUGCUUUUCCAAUAUAAAUUAGGAGUGUUUAUGGGAAACUUGAGAACUGUUGUCUUUAAAAACAGGCAUUUGUGAGGCUCAGCAUAACGGAUAAACCAGUUCCCUCUAAAAAGGUGGAAAAUGAGCCAGGUGGGCAAACUUAACACCGUCUUUGUUUCAUUUCACUAGGAAAACUCCAGUAUCAAGGUCUUUUAUUUAAUGCAUUACUACGAAAUUCAUUUUAAAGGUACAUUUAAAACAAUCAUUGGAAACUUGAUCUGUAUCACAGCCUUUCUUUUUCUUAGACAUCUUAGGAGGCUAAGCUUCCAGGAGUUACACGGCAGUGUGAUGGCCAGCGUAGUGCCACAGAGACUGCCUACUCAGUGGGGAUGAAAGGCAGUUUGCCCCUCUAAGAACCAGCUGGGCUGUAGUGAUUCUUGGGGCCAGAGUGGCAUUAUGUUUUUACAAGGUAAUGACAUGUGCCACGUGUUUGCAUGUUUGCUUGUAUGCUGAAUUUUUAAACAACCCAUUUACCACUUGUAAAAUUUGUGAUUUUUUUUAAUGUGCUUUUUUUUUUUUUAAUUUACUGGUUCAGGCUUUUCAAACUAUGUCCUUAGCAGCAUAUGGUUCCAUACUAUUUAAUAGGGAUGAAAUGAAUUCUUGUAUCUCCUCAUAACAGAAACUGGUUCGUGUGAAAAAAUGAUCAAUUUCAUUUUGCUCUCAUUACUUUUAAUAUGAUCAUUUCUGUGUUGGCAUAAUAAGGAACAUUGCCGAAAGCUCUGAGGUUUCCCAUUAACUUUCUGACCAGUAGUGCUGAUACCAUCGCUUCAUCUUUGGGAAGAGGAAAGGGUAUGUGAACAUGCCUAACAAUCUCAAAUACACAAAUGUAAUAGCAUAAAGUAUUUAUUUUAUGCCUUAGUAUGUUAUUUAAAUUAUUAGCAACGCAAUUCUUUUGGUCUGUUAAAGGAUCGAUAGUCAGUAGACAAUUCAGACAUCACUUUGUGUAAGUCCUUGCAGGUUGCACAUUUUUACACGGUGGACUGCUAUUCAGGAAAGAUAUUCUUCCAUAUAUAUAACUUUUGUUAACUUUUCAACACUGUUGAUAAUAAGGAUUAUGCAAUGAUUUGUUGAUGUGUAGACCUAAUGUAAUGGUGCUGCUUAAUCAGUUUGCUUCCAGUAUGGCCUCCUACUCAGGCUCUGACUGAUGAAAAUUAAAACAAUAUGAAAAAACUUUCUAUUCCUACCUUAAACUACCAGCAGGCUAGGAUUGUGAUCAUGAGUGAUCUAAAGAAACUAGUGGAACAAGUUUGUUUGUUGUUGUUGUUGUUUUUGUUGUUGCUCUGAAUUUGAGAUGUGCAUUCUUACUCCUUUUGAAGACUGUUGAUGUGUGAGUGUGAAGUGGUACAGAAACAACAUAACUCUCCCUUCGCUUGUAUGUUGUAGAAUUACACAAUGUUCACACGUAGUAUUUCUUCAGUAAGAAUGUGUUAAAAGUACAGCCAUCUUUUAAAAAGAUUAUGUAGUUCUAUAUUUAUUGUGCUGUGCCUAGUCCUAAGUGCAGCCAGUGAAACAAGUUUCAUACGUGUUUUCCAGUGUUAAGUCUCACACACUGCACCCUUGGAAUGAAACUUCCUUCCAUUCUGAAGAACGAACAGAAGAGGGCGUGUAAAUUUCCUUCCUAUCUUAAAGAUUUCACUAUAAGUUAAGAGUAACAUAUAAUUAUUAAAAUCUAUGAAAGAAUAAAAAGUGGAUUUAAAUUA